UGACACGUAGGAGAGGAGAGGAAGAAGGAAGUAAGUACAGGACCUGAAAGCCGGGAAUUAGUUUAACCUGCUGCUCUUCUUGUUGCUGUGGCUUACACUGUUGCUGCUGUUUGAUUAUGUCUGCCAACAAUCAAGGCACAGAAUUUGACCUUAGCUGGAUUUCUAAAGUACAAGUCAACCAGCCAGCUGUUUUAAGGCGUGCAGAACAAAUCCAAACUCGAAGAACUGUGAAAAAGAAUUGGCAAGCUGCUUGGCUCCUGAAAGCUGUUACUUUUAUUGAUCUCACUACCCUUUCAGGUGAUGACACUUCAUCAAAUGUUCAGAGGCUUUGUUACAAAGCCAAGUAUCCAAUCCGGGAAGAUCUUUUGAAAGCUUUGAAUAUGCAAGAUAAAGGCAUCACCACAGCAGCCGUUUGUGUUUAUCCUGCUCGUGUGUGUGAUGCUGUAAAGGCAUUGAAAGAUGCAGGCUGUGACAUUCCAGUGGCUUCAGUGGCCACUGGUUUUCCAGCUGGGCAGACUCAUUUGAAAACUCGAUUGGAAGAGAUCAGAUUGGCUGUUGAAGAUGGUGCUAAAGAAAUUGAUGUGGUAAUUAAUAGAUCUCUGGUGCUCACAGGUCAAUGGGAAGCUCUGUACGAUGAGAUCCGUCAGUUUCGAAAGGCCUGUGGAGAUGCACACCUCAAAACCAUUCUGGCAACGGGAGAACUUGGUAACCUUACCAAUGUCUACAAAGCUAGUAUGAUAGCUAUGAUGGCAGGUUCUGAUUUCAUUAAGACCUCUACGGGAAAAGAAACAGUAAAUGCUACCUUUCCUGUAGCUAUAGUGAUGGUUCGGGCCAUUAGAGACUUCUUUUGGAAAACUGGAAACAAGAUAGGCUUUAAGCCAGCAGGAGGGAUCCGGACUGCAAAGGAUUCUAUUACUUGGCUCUCACUUAUUAAAGAGGAGCUUGGGGAUGAAUGGCUGACACCAAAACUCUUUCGUAUAGGAGCCAGCACUUUGCUUUCUGACAUUGAGAGACAGAUCUACCAUCAUGUAACUGGAAGAUAUGCAGCUUAUCAUGAUCUGCCAAUGGCUUAAUUAAGUGACCAAUAUCAGAAGGACUUUAUGCAAGAACAUCUUAAUGUAUGUUGUGCAUGUGUAGAAAUAUAUAAACAUACAUAUAUAUGAACAAGUGAAUUCAAAUUAAUCGCUGAAAUAGUCUCAUUAACAAGAACUUGGGAAAUAGGUCAAUGGCCACUUCUUUCUUUGGGGUUGUCUUUGUAAUUAAAUCCAACAAUGAAGGACAAAAUGUUAUCUGCCAGGGGCUCUUUUUUGAAGCCCAAAAGGCACAUUUCUGAUAUUCAUAAUGGUUGUAAAAUCUACAGUGUUAAUCUUGAUGUAAGCUUUCUCAGACUACUCUAAGUAAUUUUUAUGAUAACUAUGACAACAUGCAAAUUCUGUGAAAAAAUGUGAAAAAAGAAAUGUUGAGCUACCCCAGUAACACUUUGUAACAGGAGAUUAAUGUACAUCCACAAGAUGUAACAGCAGCAAAGUGACUUUGAAGAGUUACUGAUUUGGCACUAAUGUUUGCCCUAUGAAAAUGUCUUCAACUUUUGCAGUUUUUUUUUUAUUAAUUGUACUAAUGACUUUUCAAGCACUGUUAUUUGAAAAUUGGAGUUACUGAUUUUUAAAUA